AUGGCUCAGCUGGGCGACUGCAUCACACUGGCGCAGUCGCCAACGCCGCCAGGUCGGGGGAAGGUGGGCACCGGCCCCAACCGCCGCCCGGCCGGCGCCCGCGGUGCGCUCGUGUCGUCGCCUCCGGGGCGCCGGGCCCGCCUGGCGACCCCGGGGACGGGCACCUCGAUCGUUGAGACCCGGGAGGCGAUGCGGCGCCGCCUCCAGGACCUCAUUGAAAACAACCGCGUGAUGAUCUUCAGCAAGAGUUACUGUCCACACAGCACGCGGGUUAAAGAACUCUUUUCUUCUUUGGGAGUUGAAUAUAAUGCUUUGGAACUUGAUAAGAUUGAUAAUGGGUCCAGUGUUCAAGAAGUUCUGUUAGAGAUCACUAAUCAGAAAACUGUGCCCAAUGUUUUUGUGAAUAAAGUACAUAUGGGUGGAUGUGACCAAACUCUUCAGGCACAUCAGAGUGGCUUAUUAAAGAAGGUCCUUCAGGAAGAUUCACGUGGUUCUGGAACGUAUGAUUAUGAUCUCAUUGUCAUUGGUGGUGGUUCUGGUGGCCUUGCCUGUGCCAAGGAAGCUGCGGUUUUGGGAAAGAAAGUUAUGGUGCUAGACUUUGUGGUCCCGUCACCUCAUGGCACAACCUGGGGUCUUGGUGGCACAUGUGUCAAUGUAGGCUGUAUUCCUAAGAAAUUGAUGCAUCAAGCAGCCCUUUUGGGACAGGCAUUGCACGACUCAAGGAAAUAUGGUUGGGAGUAUAAUCAACAAGUUAAGCACAACUGGGAGACAAUGAUAGAAGCAAUUCAGAACUACAUAGGCUCUUUAAAUUGGGGUUACAAGUUGUCUUUGAGGGAAAAAGCUGUGACCUAUAUCAAUUCUUAUGGAACAUUUGUUGACCAUCACAAAAUAAAGGCAACCAAUAGAAAAGAGCAAGAAACUUCUUACACUGCUGCAAAAUUUGUCAUAGCAACCGGUGAAAGGCCACGGUAUUUAGGAAUCCAAGGAGAUAAGGAAUACUGUAUUACUAGUGAUGACCUUUUUUCUCUACCUUACUGCCCUGGCAAAACAUUAGUUGUGGGUGCAUCUUAUGUUGCCUUGGAAUGUGCAGGAUUUCUUGCUGGCAUUGGAUUAGAUGUCACAGUGAUGGUGCGAUCAAUCCUCCUUCGUGGCUUUGAUCAAGAAAUGGCAGAGAAAGUGGGUUCCUAUAUGGAACAACAUGGUGUUAAGUUUUUAAGAAAAUUUAUACCUGUGACGAUUCAACAGUUGGAGAAAGGUACACCUGGAAAGCUCAGAGUGGUGGCUAAAUCCAUUGAAGGACCAGAAACUAUUGAAGACGUGUAUAACACAGUUUUGUUAGCAAUAGGUCGUGACUCAUGUACAAGAAAAAUUGGGUUGGAGAAGAUUGGAGUCAAAAUCAAUGAGAAGACUGGCAAAAUACCAGUAAAUGAUGUGGAACAAACCAAUGUGCCUUAUGUCUAUGCCAUUGGCGAUAUUUUGGAGGGUAAACCAGAGCUCACUCCUGUGGCCAUACAGGCAGGCAAGCUGCUAGCUCGAAGACUUUUUGGAGGCUCUUUAGAAAAGUGUGAUUAUAUUAAUGUUCCAACUACAGUGUUUACACCCUUGGAAUAUGGUUGCUGUGGAUUAUCUGAAGAGAAAGCUAUUGAAGUAUAUACAAAAGAUAAUCUAGAAGUAUAUCAUACUUUAUUCUGGCCUCUGGAGUGGACAAUAGCUGACAGAGACAACAAUACUUGUUAUGCAAAGAUAAUUUGCAAUAAACGGGACAAUGAUCGAGUGAUAGGAUUUCAUGUUUUUGGACCAAAUGCUGGUGAAAUUACCCAAGGAUUUGCAGUGGCAAUGAAAUGUGGUCUCACAAAACAGCUGCUCAAUGAUACUAUUGGAAUUCACCCCACAUGUGGGGAGGUAUUCACAACUUUGGAAAUCACCAAGUCGUCGGGACUAGCAAUCACCCAGAAAGGCUGCUGA